GCGAGUCUGUCGGAGUACGCGCCGUGGCGCGCCUAACCUCAAAUCUCGCGCGGUUCUCUUUGAUUUCCUUCAUCUCGCGGCUGAGAUCCUUCAGAUCGCCGAUCGAAUGGAAUCGCGAAUCUCUUCGGAUCACUGAAAAAUAUAAUUUCGAUGCUUUCGAAUGUUUGACGUUUGGCAGCCAGACCUCCUAUGACCUGAAUCUCUUGGCCGAAAUCGCACGUGUAGAUGAUCUAACCUAACUUCAGUUUUCAUUGAUAUUUCCGUUAUCUCACGCUUUUCCCUCUCUUUUCUAUGACUGAGUGAUAAUUUUCUGAUUGAAAGAAGGCAACUAUUGCUAGACAUAAAGCAGUAUUGCAGCAACUUUUAUAAUCUAUUCCGAAAGAGCUAAACUUAACCUCAAACUUCAUUGUGUAUUUCGAGAUUUUUGUCGCGAAAAACACAAUAAUCUCGUUAAAAAAUGACAUUGCCUGCAGCAUUAACUAAAACGCAUAGUUAUUGACUGCGUAUUGCUACUAAAACGUUACUCGAUUACAACUUGGAGAUUCACAAUGACGAAAAUGGACGAAAUGAUAAUUCGGGUGCUGUACGGAAGCGAGACCGGAACCGCUCAAGACGUUGCCGAGCAGAUCUGGAAGAGCGCCAAAAGAAAAGGAUUACAAAGCACCGUAUCAUCAUUGGAUGAUUACGACAUUCAAAAUCUUUCUUCUGAUCAACUAAUUAUCUUCGUUGUCGCAACGACUGGACAAGGAGAUCCUCCAGCCAAUAUGAGACGAUUCUGGAGACAACUACUACGCAAGAAUCUUUCAGCAACCAUGCUCCAAAAUCUAAAAUUCGGUGUACUUGGAUUGGGCGAUAGUUCUUAUUCCAAGUUUAAUUUUGCUGCGAAGAAAUUAAAUAAGCGCCUUGCACAAUUAGGUGCUAAAGAAUUGUUAUCUAUUGGACUUGCUGAUGAUCAGCAUAAUCUAGGAAUUGAUGCUGUGGUUGACCCCUGGAUCAAACAAUUAUGGGAAGAAAUUGCAAAUAUUUUUAAAAUUUCUGUAGAAGACAAAAUAAAUGAAGAAAAUUUGAUAAUCGAGAGGUAUGAUGUAUCCGUAAUAGAAAUGAAUUCACUAAUGAAUACAGACAAACGAUUAACAAAUAAUAUGUAUCAAUCAAAUAAUGAUAUUUAUGUACAAGAAACAUUGAUAAAUAGCGAUAUUAAGAUAGGAACAAUAGUUGAAAAUAUAAGAACUACUUCUGAAGAUCACUUUCAAGAUGUUAGAUUAAUAAAAAUCCAAGCAGAUAAUAUUAAAUACGAUCCUGGAGAUGUUAUUUAUAUCAGACCGAAAAAUACUGCAGAACAAGUGAAACAAUUCUUUGAUAUAUUACACGAACACAAUAUAAAGCUGUUUCCAGAUACGAUAAUUCAUGUAUCGGAGAAAGAAAUAAAAGUUCCAAUUGUUUUAAAACGAAAUUUAACUCUAGGAGAAAUUGUUGAACAAUAUUGGGACCUGAACUUUAAGCCACGAAGAUCUAUCAUGUACACUUUAUCUCUUAUCAGCGAAAAUGAGUUGGAGAAAGAGAAAUUAUGUGAUUUUGCAAGUCCAGUUGGCCAAGAAGAACUUUACGAUUAUGUAAACAGACCAAGAAGAAAUAUCCUGGAGGUUCUUGCAGACUUUCCUCAUACAACCAGUAAAAUGAAUAUUAAAUUAUUAUUUGAAAUUAUGUCACCUAUAAAACCACGUCCCUACAGCAUUGCCUCUAGCCUAGAAGCUACUCCAAAGAGUAUUCAAAUUUUAGUAGCAGUAAUUAAGUUUAAAACUAGAUUGAUGAAGCCAAGGUUUGGUUUAUGUUCGAAAUGGCUAGCAAGUUUAAAGAGUAACGACAAAGUAAUAUUUUGGUUACAAAAAGGAACUUUUCGUUUUAAUAAUGAUAAGCCGAUGAUUUUAAUUGGUCCUGGAACUGGAGUGGCUCCAUUUAGAUCCUUACUUUUAAAGAGAGCGAAAGAGGAAAAAGAUUUAAAGGAAUGUGUCUUAUUCUUUGGCUGCAGAAAUGAGAAUAAGGAUUAUCAUUGCAGAGAAGAUUUUGAACGUUUAUCAAGGGAGAAUAAUUUGAAAGUAUUCUGCGCGUUUUCUAGGGAUCAGAAUCAUAAGAUUUACGUGCAACAUCUUAUCCGUCAACAAAGAGAACUAUGCUGGCAAUUUUUAAAGAAUAAUGGUAGUAUUUAUUUAGCAGGAAGUUCAGAACCUGUUCGUCUUUCGCCGGGAUGGGAAGGUACAGGUAGACCCGACGACGAAUUGAACUUUAAAGGCGUUACAAUGGAUCAAGCAGAUCUCGAAUUAAAUCCACCUAGAGAUAGAUUAAAUUUAGUAUUUUGUAUAUUGGUACUUCAUGGAAUUGGUGCCUUGAUGCCAUGGAAUAUGUUUAUAACAGCUAAAAAUUAUUUUGUCAAUUACAAAUUAUCUAAGGAAUAUACUGGUAUAGAAACAAACUAUGCGAUGAAUUUUCUUGCAUAUCUAGGAUUUGCCUCACAAGUACCGAAUUUGUUAUUCAAUUGGCUAAAUGUAUUUUUACAAUUUGGAGGCAAUUUGACAACUCGUAUAGUAUGGAGUAUCUUUAUUCUGGUCUUGAUAUUUGUGUUUACUGUCGUCUUGGCAAUGACUGACAGUUCUGGCUGGCCUGGAGUAUUUUUCUGGAUUACUAUGGUAUCUGUUGUUAUAUUAAAUACUGCCAAUGGCAUUUAUCAGAAUUCGGUAUUUGGAAUGGCAGCUAAAUUGCCUAUCAAAUAUACAGGUGCUGUUGUUUUAGGCUCGAAUAUUAGUGGAACGUUUACAGCCAUAAUAGAAUUCCUAGCUCAAAUAAUGGCGCCGAACGCGCGUACUGCCGCCAUAUACUACUUCAUCACGGCUUUAUUUAUUCUGUUGGCUUGUUUUGACACAUACUUUGCACUUCCCAUUAAUAGAUUUUAUCGAUAUCACGAACAUCUUCAUCAGAAAGAAAUAAAUAAGAGACAAUUAGAGAACAGUUCAAGGAAACACAAACCAGCAUAUUGGACGGUAUUCAAGGCGUGUUUUCCACAAUGCUUUAAUACAUUUUUAGUCUUCUUCGUUACUUUAGCGCUUUUUCCAUCUGUCCAAUCUGAUAUACAGUCUUCAGAUAAGAAUUUUAUAGUUCCAUCUGAAUAUUAUAGCAGUGUUAUGUGCUUUUUAACAUUCAAUAUCACUGCUAUGCUGGGAAGCUCAAUUGCAUCAUUAGUCCAGUGGCCAAGCAAGAAGUAUCUAGUGAUUCCAGUAGUUCUACGACUUGCUUAUAUACCAUUGUUUUUGUUCUGUAAUUAUCAGCCAAUUGGUAUAAAAAGAAUACUACCAGUAUUUAUCAAUAACGAUUGGAUAUUCUGGGUCAUUGCUGUUACUAUGGGUUUUAGUAGUGGCUAUCUAUCAUCAUUAUCGAUGAUGUAUUGCCCCAGGUAAGUAAAUUAA